GUAGUAGGCAUGUUACAACCCUGCAGUGCACAGCAAGCUGUCUUCCUAAUCACCUCGUCCUUGUCUGAUCCACUUAAUUUUUCCUAUCAUCAUGAGCCAACCACCAAGCACACCCCGGGCAGGUCCCAGUACUAGUGGCGACAAAUCAAACAGCUCACCACUCCCAAUACCACCCCUCAUACGUUCGCAGUCCCACCAUUCUACCGCAUCAAAGGCCUCAAAAGCCUCGAAGCCCAUCUCUCGCACCAGCUCACACAAUCCCCCGACAAAUCGCGAAGUUCUCCAGCUCCUCGCAGAUGCAGAGUCUGCCGUGCGCGACCUCCGCGCAGACGUCUCUCUUUUGAAUUCACAGCUAUCGUUUGAGCAGGACCGCGCUGAUAAUGCAGAGCUUAAAGCAAAGGAAGCAUGUAUACGGUUUAAAGAUGCCAACGAUGCGCGCAUUGUCUCGCAGAGCGAGAUCGUACGUUUAACAGAGGAGCUAAGGUUAUACAAAGACGCACUGGAACAAGCCCAGAAGGAGAUUUUUCGUGCUCAGGGCGUGAUGAAGGACGUUGAGGACCGGAGGAGGGAUGCAGAGGAGAGCGCCGCAAAGUCGAGGACUAGGUUGCGCAAACUGAUGGAGGAGAAGAUGAUCGAAGUCGCUCGCGAGGAGGGUCGUAAACAGGGUCUCCAGGAGGGAUUGGAAAUGGGGAAAGAUGUGGGUUACGUCCAUGGGAGGAGCAAGGGUUAUGCACAAGGUCGAGUAACAGCAGAUCGUGUCCUCGAACGGUACUUUUCUGGCCAGAGCGACGAGGAAAGCAACUCGAAACGUGACUCCGGUGACGCGCAGGACACUCCACGAUUCCGACCAGAACCAAUAUCACGCGCUUCAUCCAGCGAACAAUCACGUCCUCGCACACCAACACGUCGCCGCACCCAACCUCAACCUCAACCCCAACCACAAUCGCAACUACAGCAACGUCCACCACAGACCUCAUCUGCGCGCAGUACCAUGUUCUCCCCUGCCCACGCGCUGCACGACAUUCCUUCAGACGGAUGGAUCCCAGAAGCUGAUUCUUCUCUCAUCAUCCGCUUACCACCUCCACACGAGUUCCAGCGUCCGCGUCGUACGCCCUCCCCCAUUUCUUCGAGUCCUGGCACGCCUUUGCGUUCCCUGCCCGUACCGCUCCAAGAUCCUGUACUUAUGGUACCAGAGCCUCGAUCCCCUGGUAUGCCGUUAUAUACGGUCCCUAGUUCGGAUUCCCGUCCCCAACGAACGGUACGUCGUAGAGCUUCGGGCACGGAAAGCGUGACCUCUACAAGGACGUCAGAACUAGAGCUGCUGAGUCCACCAGAACACCCCCGAUCCAGUGGGCUGAGCGUCAUUCCCGAGGUUACGAGUAUACGGGAGCAGAGCACGCCUAGCAGCCGAAGCAUGAGAGCAAGUGUAGAAGAUGAUGUAGAUGAGUCUGGCUUCGUACAUGUCUCUAUGCCAGCGCCGAGGACGUCUAGAGAAACAAUUCGGCUGCAGAAAGCACCUUCUGUUAUAUCAAUAGCUAGAUCACCGGCACCAGAAUCAUCGCGUCCCACUAGCACAUCAUCAUCUGGCACCGUGGGGAUCACGAUCCAGCCACCCUCACGUCCCGCAUCUAACAUGUCGCAAAUAACAACGUCCGGGCAGCUCCAGUACUUCCUCAGUCCUGCUGACGCGGAUCGCCCUUUACCACCGCCACCGUCGUAUUCCCCGUCACGAGCGCAAGCCACGCCGGCGAUGGUCCCUUUACCAGCUACGGGUAGCACGAUGUAUACAACCCUACCUGCUGGACAGCUCCCACUUGGGUUUGUACCCGCCGGCCCACCGACUCCCCGUCCAUAUACACCAAGCAGUAGCCUACCAGCGCCCCCUGCCGCUGCUCAACACGGUCAACAUCAAUACACCGCCAAACACCAAAAUCACCAAUACACCAGACCCAACCAAAGCCAAUACGCCGGAAACCCCAUCGUCAUCCCUUGCAGUCCCAAAUCCCCCAAUCCAAACCCCCGCGACGACCCCAACCAACCAGUAGUGAUCCCCCCGCCCUCUCAGAAAUUUGCGCCUGAAUCCGAUGAAUCGUCUAGUGAUACUAGUAGUGAUGCAGAUGUGACACGAACGCCGAGGAGGAAGUAUAGGGCUGCUGGGAGUGCUGCGAGUUUGUAUACUGCUACUGGGACUGGGAGUGGGCUUGGGACUGGGGUCACGAGGUAUUCUGCGGGGGUGGCUUUGAGUGGGAGUGCGGGAGGUGGGACGCCGAGGGUAGGGUUGUAUGGGAGGAGUGGGAGUGGGGGAGGUGGGGAGGGUUAUGCGAGUAUGAGCAUGGGUGGAGGGGGUGGGUUUGGGAGGAUGGCGUAUUCUAGUGAGCAGGGGAGUGUGAGGGGGUGAGGUGUGCUGUGCUGAUUAAUGACUAACGAUUAAUGAUUUACGAGUUUGAAUUUACGAACCAGGUAUUUCUAGGUGCUGGCACCUUCUUAUGGAUUUAUAUGAUAUUCGUUAUGGAUCGAGCUUGUAACUGGAUUAUUUGCAUGGUACACAUCGCUUUAGGGAAUCCA